CUCCGUUACUUGCUAGGCUGACCUAGCUCGCUGCGCUGAGCCCAGAGGUGAGUGAGUGGGUGGGAGAGCUCGGCUGCCCGGCGGGUGAGGGAUGCGGCCGCUUGGACCCCUGCUUUCGCCACCGAUGUUCUUCAGAGCUGCUUGGAGCUUGGCGUUGAGGAAAGGAGGGCCUGGGAUUCGGCAGAUGCACAGCCCAGGAAGCGCCGCCCGCAGCAAGGAGAAGAUGCCCCCCUACACCAACUACCAUGCCCAGCGCUCCUACCCCAUGCCUGACGAGCCCUUCUGCACAGAGCUCACUGCUGAGCAGCGGGCCCUGAAGGAGAAAGAGAAGGGCAGCUGGACCCAGCUAAGCCAUGAUGAGAAGGUGGCCUUGUACCGGCUCCAGUUCCAUGAGACCUUCGCGGAGAUGAACCGUCGCUCCAAUGAGUGGAAGACAGUGAUGGGCUGCGUCUUCUUCUUUUUUGGAUUCACGGCUCUGAUGAUUUGGUGGCAGCGCAUCUACGUGUUCCCGCAGAAGCCCGUCACCCUGACGGAUGAGUGGAAGGCGCGGCAGCUCCAGCGCGUCCUGGACAUGAAGGGCAACCCCGUGCAAGGCCUGGCCUCCCGGUGGGACUAUGAGAAGAAGGAGUGGAAGAAGUGACGCAUCCGGGCAUCCUGGCUGCUCUCCCUGAGCUCCACCCUGGCCUCGGGCCCGCAGAGGGCCCUUCGCUCCUCUCAAUCCCAAUAAAGCUGGUCUGUUCUCUUCUGCCUGCA